GCAUGGGAUUGCUUAUGCCAUUUGACAACACUGAUAUGCACAAAUUCAAAUGGGCAGCUUGGCAUUUUCAUUUACUUAUACUGUGACACCAUGCUUUGACUUCUUCUUUUUCCCCCUUUGCAUUCUUAAUUUGAUAUGUUCAUUUUUGUGUCUUUUAUGGAAUUCUCUAUAAACAGCAUUGUUUCUCCAAGCAAGUUUUUUGUUUUGAUGAAUAAUGAACCUUUGCUACUCUAUUGUUUAAUUGAUCAGUUUUACAUGUGGAAAUUUCUAUGUCAUAUUAUGUUGCAGGCAUGAUUGUCACAUUGGCACUGAUAACAUGGAAGGGAUUAAUGUGUAUUACUGGGAUUGAAUUACCUGUCACCGUUGUUGUUUCUGAAAGCAUGGAACCCGGCGUUAAGAGGGGUGAUAUAUUGUUCGUCCACAUGAGCAAGGAUCCUAUUCGUGCUGGGGAAAUUGUCAUAUUUAAUGUUGAUGGGCGUGAGAUUCCAAUUGUCCAUCGAGUAAUUAAGGUUCAUGAACGACAAGAUACUGGGGAGGUUGAUGUUCUCACCAAAGGAGAUAAUAAUUUGGUUGAUGACACAUUUUUAUAUGCACAUGGCCGGCUCUGGCUUCAACGGCAUCAUAUUAGAGGAAGGGCCGUUGGGUUUUUACCAUAUGUUGGCUGGGCGACAAUUAUCAUGACCGAAAAGCCUAUAAUCAUGUACUUGCUCAUUGGUGCCAUCGGGUUGCAGGUCAUAACUAAAAAGGAGUAGAAAUAUGUUAGGACUCCAUUUCAAGGUCUGGUUAACCACACUCGUAAGCAUUUAAUGCAGCCAGUGGGUACUGUUAGGACUCCAUUUUUUUCUCCUUCCAUCCUCUGUAAACUGAAUUGAAAUGUUAGUUUUGAAAGAUAAAUUUAGUUAACUAAUUUCCGUGGGUUAA